AGAGCUGUUCGGGAACGACUUCCCGGAGCCGAACGAACGAGCGAACACGAGCCGCUUAACGAAAGCCGAACACGAGCUGUUCGGGAACGACGAGCCCUACACACUAUCCUGCUGGCUGAAACCGUUGAUGACGUCCCUCGCUCCUCCUUUCCCGGUUUUGCCCAAAACCAUCGCCUUGGUAACCCGACGCUCGCUAUACAGUCGCGGCUAGAGCUAGCUGGGAAGGCAACGGAAGGGAUCGCGGUUCACAAAGACAUCUGAAACUACCAUCUAUCCCCUCCUUAUCGUCGGCUCCAACCAGAAACCAUCGAGGAAGGUUAUAUCAUGCUCAAAUCCUGUCAUCAAACAGACCCAAAUCUUGAAAUUUUCAUGUAAAUCUCCAUGCGAGACAGAGCCAAAUCCAACCCAAGAAAGGCACGGAUCACUUCACCAGUCACGGAGUGGAAUUGAGUACCCGUUCGUGAUGGCGAAGCCUGUACCUGGUAGUUCCGCACUCCAGAAGAGGAAACGCCUCCUCUUACUCUUCUCCGCUGUCUGUAUUACAGCGGCAGCCUUCUUCUGUUUUCGUGCCACUCUCGACACAUGCGAUUGUCGCCGGGACAGCGUUGUAUCUUCAGCAGCGGUGGAUAGCGCUCGCCUCCUGGCGCCGGUCGGUAAUGUCGAGAAAAAUCCUCUGGAUUUCAUGAGGUCCAAGCUCGUGCUUCUUGUCUCUCACGAGCUAUCUCUUUCAGGUGGACCUUUGCUACUAAUGGAGUUAGCAUUUCUUCUAAGAAAUGUUGGUGCCCAAGUCAUAUGGGUCACAUAUCAAAAACCUGCCGAGGAGAAUGAAGUAAUUCAUAGUUUAGAGCAUAAGAUGAUGAAUAGGGGUGUGCAGGUUCUUUCUGCAAAGAGUCAAGAAACAAUUAAUGCUGCUCUCAAAGCUGAUAUGAUUGUUUUAAACACAGCUGUUACUGGAAAAUGGCUUGAUUCUGUUCUUAAGAAACAUCUCUCUCAAGUUCUUCCAAAGAUUCUAUGGUGGAUACACGAGAUGCGAGGACAUUACUUUAAAUUGGAUUACAUCAAGAAUCUGCCUUUUGUAGCAGCUGCAAUGAUCGACUCCAAAAUUACAGCUGAAUACUGGAAAAACAGGACGCAUGAACGUUUAGGUAUCCAGAUGCCAAAAACGUUUGCUGUUCAUCUUGGAAAUAGCAAAGAAUUGAUGGAAAUUGCUGAAGAUUAUGUUGCCCAGAGGGUGCUCAGGGAGCAUAUACGUGAAUCUCUUGGAGUUCGAAAUGAAGAUCUCCUCUUUGCCAUUAUAAACAGCGUAUCACGUGGAAAGGGACAAGAUUUAUUUCUUCAGUCAUUUUAUGAAAGUCUUCAAUUGAUCCGAGAACAAAAGUUUGAAGCGCCUGCAAUUCAUGCUUUGGUAGUUGGAAGUGAUAUGAAUGCUCAGACAAAGUUUGAAGGAGAACUUAGAAACUUCGUGGCAAUGCAAGAAAUUCAGGACAGAGUUCACUUUGUCAAUAAGACACUUACAGUUACUCCAUACUUGGCUGCAAUUGAUGUGCUUGUGCAAAAUUCUCAGGCAAGAGGAGAAUGCUUUGGAAGGAUAACUAUAGAAGCUAUGGCAUUUCAGUUGCCAGUGCUGGGCACGGCUGCUGGUGGAACUACUGAAAUUGUUGUUGAUGGUUUGACCGGUUUGCUUCAUCCUGUGGGGAAGGAGGGCGUUAUUCCACUAGCGAAGAACAUUGUGGAGCUCGUCGCUCAUGUUGAGACAAGGCUGAGCAUGGGUAAAGAAGGCUACAGGAGGGUGAAAGAAAGGUUUAUGGAGUAUCACAUGACUGAGAGGAUAGCUUUAGUUCUCAAAGAAGUUCUUCACCACCCAUCUGCUUGAAAUCCCUUUUCCUUAUUUUGUAAAUUUCAAUUUUGAAAUGAGUUUGAUUUGUUUUGUAUAGAGGUGAUUCCUCCAUUUAUUU